GUGUAGAAUUCACUAGCAACCGUUUUCAAAAACCUUGACAUGUGAUGUGAAAGUAGCAUGAACACCACUGUCAUGGAAGUAAUAUAGUGUAGAGGAAUGAUUGAAGUUGGUUCCCACUGACAAGAAGUUGCUGCAAUAUUUAUAUACAGAAUGGGCUCACUAAGGAGAUGUCAUUUGAUUUCCAAUUUUCUAACUCAACAAAGACGAUCAAUGAGCGGUUUCUUGUCGGCAAAACUUCAGGAAGUUCCCGAGAAGUCACUAGGCAUCACAGUGGAGGAAUACAGAAGGAGGCGUCGUAACCUGAUACAGCUGUGUGUGGACACUGAACACAUGAAGAGUAGCCGUAGUCACCUCGUCUGUGUGCCUGCUGCUCCGCGCGCGUUCUACAGUGACAGGAUCAUGUAUCCUUUCAGACAGAAUACAGAAUUCAACUAUCUCUGUGGGUACCAGGAGGCCAACUGUGUGUUAUUUAUGUUCACUGAGCAGGGAAAAGGGGCGGAGAACUUUAAGUCUAUCCUGUUUGUUCCUCAGCGUUUCCAGUUUGAUGAGAUCUGGGAUGGAAAGUUUGAAGGUUUUGACUCUAUCGUAGAGUCAACAGGAGUUAACGAAGCUAGGUUCACUAAAGACAUUGCCAGCUUCUUAUCCCAGUAUGUGAAAGAUAACAGUAAAUUUACUCUGUGGUACAAUUAUCAAAAAACUGCCAACCCCGACAUCCAUAGAUCUGUCAUGGCGGAUUUCAUGCGACAGGGGAAGUAUAAAAAGCUAGAAAAUUACGACUACUAUGUCCAGUCACUCCGAGUUGUCAAAUCAGCGGCGGAAAUCGCACUCAUGAAAAAGAGCAUGGAAAUUACAGAAGAAGCAUUUAAAUCUGUACAUCACAUGAUUGAUGAAUGGAAAUCAGCCAGUCGGAAGAAACAAAAUCUGUUUGAAUAUGAAAUUCAGGCAGUGAUGGAGUACACCUGUCAGUUAAAUGGAGGCCGCCUAGCUUACAUCCCUGUGGUGGCAGGGGGUAACAGAGGAAACACAAUUCACUAUGUCCAGAACAACAAUAAAGUUAAACCUGAGGAGCUACUGCUGAUAGACGCUGGCUGUGAAUUCAAAGGGUACACCACUGACAUCACUAGAGUUCUAAACAUCUCAGACCUAACUUUUGAACAAGAAACCAUCAUAGGUGUUGUACAGCUGAUUCAGGAUACCUGUAUUAAGAUGUGCACACCAGAGUAUAGCAUUAACGACAUCUACAGGAAAAUGAUGAAGAUUGUCGGUGAAUAUGUCCAAGUACUGGGACCGAUGGACUUAGCAGUGAAGGGAAAACCACUUCUUGAGGGAGCAAAUAAAUUCUGUCCGCACCAGGUCGGCCACUAUUUAGGAAUGGAUUUACAUGAUACACCACUCAUAUCUAAAGACAUGAAACUACAGCCAGGAACUAUCCUGACCAUAGAACCAGGAUUAUAUUUACGACCAGAGUAUGUACCAGAUAAGCUGUCCCAGUUUCGUGGAAUAGCUGUGAGACUAGAAGAAAAUAUAUUAGUGACAAAAGAUGGACCAGUCAAUUUAUCUCAGAAUGUGUCCCCUCGAGAUCGGGCCCCACUGGCUUGUGAUACAGAAAACAAUGACGCUAGUAAAAUCAUCGAACAGUUACCACAAAAUAUGUUAUUCCAGGGGAUUAUACCUUAUCUUUUGAAUUAUGUAAAAAAUUAAAUACUUAAAUGUAGAACAAUUUGUUUGUUCCUUUAAU